AUGGGUUGGAGUGACCGCGGGGUUCAAACGCUGCUGGCCACCGUGGGAGCUUUCGCUGCCUUCAGCCUGAUGACCAUCGCCAUCGGCACGGACUACUGGCUCUAUUCACGGGCGUACAUCUGCAACACCACCAAUGCCACGACAGACGACACCCAAUCGCAGCCCAAAUCCAAGAGGGGCGAUCUCACCCACUCCGGGCUGUGGAGAAUCUGCUGUAUAGAAGGGAUAAAUCAGGGCAGUUGUUACAGAAUCAACCACUUCCCUGACGACAACGACUACGACACAGACAGCUCUGAAUACCUGCUGCGUAUAGUUCGUGCCUCCAGUGUUUUCCCCAUCCUCAGUACCAUCCUGUUGAUGCUCGGAGGGUUGUGUGCGGGGUUGGGCCGAGUGUACAACAAGACAAACAAUGUCCUCCUCAGCGCAGGAAUUCUCUUCGUAGCUGCAGGUCUUAGCAACAUAAUCGGCAUCAUCGUUUACAUAUCAAGCAACGCAGGAGACCCCAACGACAAACGUGAUGAUGACAAAAAGUACACUUACUCCUAUGGAUGGUCUUUCUACUUUGGCGCCCUCUCCUUCAUCGUGGCUGAAACUGUGGCUGUCAUUGCCAUCAACAUCUACAUCGAGAGAAACAAGGAGGUUCGCUGGAGAGCUCGGCGAGAGUUCAUCCGUUCACUCUCUUCCUCUUCCCCAUAUUCGAGAAUACCAAGCUUCCGCUAUCGCCGGCGGACAUCACAAGCCAGCUCCCAUUCAACAGAGGCAUCUCGGGAGAACUCGCCAGUGACCAACCUGAAAGGAGUGCCAUCUUCCAGUGGGCCCCUGGAUGAGUUGUCCAUGUAUGCCCUUGCGAGGGACAGUGUGACAGACAACACUUACAGCCCUGAACAUGAGGCUAAUGCUGAGUUUCUCCAGGUCCAUAACUGUUUCCCCAAUGAUUUAAAAGAUGGGGUGAAUCGCAGGACCACACCGGUGUGAGAGGCAUGUUGCUGGACUUUGAACAGAUAAACAUAUAAUGUUAGAAAACAAAACAAAAUGAUGGGCUUACUUGUUGGAGCCAAAGUCCUUAUGAUACCCUGCCAUGUCAGACUCAGUUUUUAGGGAGACUCUCUUUCUUGACUGGACUGAAGAAGACGAGGAUGAGUUGGACGGAAGACGAGCCAAUAGCAGUCAUUUAUCUGCUUUUAGAGAUCAUCAAAGCAGAAUAGCGUUAUAUUGUUUGUGCUGUAGCUGAUAUGAAGAUAUUGUUAUCCUUUAACUGUGGAAAUGCUUCAAUGAGCAGCGUGUGGAUCACAACCUUUGUGUAACUGAAGUGUUGACAUGUGCCAAUCAGCAGUAUCCUACCUGUGAAUUAUUUAACGAGGUGCUACAUGAAAUGUUCUGUUCAACUUGAAAGUGUUCCAUUUGUGUGAAAUUGCGUUUCAGUGUGAACCUUCCAAAGCUUGUAACGUGCCCUCUUUCAGCAAGAUCCUGCCUUAUACUCUUAUUAUUAGGGCUGCCCCUAAGUAAGGGUCCGCAAGCUCUGGCAGUGGCUAUCAAACCAAAUUCAGCUCAGCAUCGUUAGCACAGAAACUUCUCCUUUUGGAACACCUCCUUGCUUGUCAGAGUCACAUCUUCACCAGUCAAUCAGAAUCAAGAAGGGGUGGGAUUCUUAAAAAAAUAAAUAUAUAUAUCUUAUACUGGUAUUUUUGAAGUAUUACAUCAUCACAUGUACAUUACAUAUCAGCAUAGUUGUACUUCAAAACUCACCCGCCUACCCAGCCCCUACUUUCUGAAGAAAGCUUCGCCAUAACACAAGUAGGUCAGAGGAGACACAUAAACAGCCAAUGUGUAGUUUUUUGACAGAUUUCGUGACUUAUUUUUUGUGACUAGAACAUGACAGACUAAAGCUCUUUUCACUCUACGAGGGGGCAGCCCUUACUUAAACUGUAGGUUUGAAACAGGCAACACUUUUUCUCAGCACUGCCCUUUACAACAGCGUAUGGCCUUUUGAACAAACUCAAAUUUUGCAUCUUUUUAAAACAUCUUUAUUAAUAAGUAUUUAGUUUGAGAGUCAUUUUAGUCACAUGCCUUGCAGUGGUUGAUGUAUUGAAUUUUAAGUAUUCAUCAAGAAAACAUGCAGUCCAAACAAUAAGAAAGGUUCUGUCUCCCUCUCUGUCUCUUCCUUAAUCCUAUUCUUCUGUGACAUUUUGUCUGUUGGAACAAAAUGUCAGUUUGGUCAGUAGAACACCAUCAUUCAUUCUUUUCUCUAUCAGUGCUCAAUCCAUCCGUGCCCCUGUCCCUGUGGUUGUGACAAUGAGUCUGUUACAAGAGAAGAGCCACUGAAAAAAAAAAAAAAAGGAGUGACCAUAUCUGUUGAAACUUCCCCAGUCAGGACUUCCUUUUGUGCUUAGUGUAACCCUGGCAUCCAGAGUGUUUAAUGGAUAAAGAUCAGAUCCGGGCGGAGAAUGUUUGUCUCUCUGUCACAUCCGCCUGUGAGUCCAUCUGGUUGCUUUCUCUCCCCUCCCAUGUCAAACAGAGGACCCAGACAGGAGCAGAGGGAGCUGUCUGCAACUGGGUCCCUGAAGGAUUUGGCUCUAUUAACCAGACAUUUGUGUGUCUGUGUGUGCGUGUUUGUGUGUGUGUAUGUGUGUGAGCUCUGUCUUUCGGUUCUCUCAGGAAAUACUAUGUUGUUUGGACAGGUUGAACCCUUUGAGGUCCUCCCCUGACUUUGUGGCAGUGCUGGGGAAUGGAUCAGUGAUAAAGAUGAACCUGUAAAGUAAAAUCAAAAUGCCAUUUCUGUAUUUAGCUGUGAGGGUGUGCUUGAGCUUGCUCCAAGAACCAGCUGGAGUGGGAUUUUUUUUUCAGUCUUAGAGCUUUUUAGUGGGUUCAGGAUUGGCAAGCUCUCUCACUCAUCCACAGCGUAGUAUUUGAUUGUAUUUAGUGUGCUUGAUAUUCCAUUACAGCUCUACCAGGCUGAGAUCAUGUAAAAGAAAGCCAUCAGUAUGAUCCGUUAUGAGUGUAGAUCUUACACUUUUAUAUUACAGUUUGGAAGAAAUUUGUUGUUUGUAUUGUAAACCUGUAAAGUUGUAUAUAAAAAGUACAAUAAAAACACUUAAUGUGCUAAGACAUGUACAGAGAAUAACAAUGCCUUAAUGCUUAUGCCACUGGUCAUACAAUUCAGUGUAACAUUUUAUAAUCAGCAGGUUUAGCAGCUCGAUUUAGAGAGAAAUUAAGGCAUCAAAAGCUCUGUUUUGUGAGGUGACGUAUGGUAAGUACAGUUAGAACACUAGACUUCAUGUUCUAUUUGAUAUGAGUGUUGCCUCAGUAUUUUAUAGCUCAUGCCUAUAUUAAUUUAUGGCUUACUUUUAUUGUAAAAUACACACACUCUUUUUUACAGGAUGAUCUUUCACCAUUCCAGUAUGGAUGUUGAGAAGGGAGAUGCUAAUGUGAUGAACUGCGUAGUACAAAAAAUGUCUUAAAAAGUAGUCCACUUUUCAAAAUGAAGGAAAAACAUCUCCAUAAAGGUAUUUAAAUUAUUUAACGUGUAGAGUGCCUUUGUUUAAUUUCCAAUAAAUUGAUUUUUUUCUCCA